UCGCGGCGUGUCCAGCUGUCUGAGCCGCCAGCCUCCGAAGACUCCCAUGCCCUCGAAAGUAACCAAGUGGCUUGCUGCGUUCAAGCCGUCUUCUCCAGAAGCAGUCGAGGAGUUGGCCACAUGGAUGUACUCGAACGUCAAACUUUUGGAAGACCUGGAGGAAACAUUUGAAAAAUUGUCUUCAUCUUUGGUUUCGGAAAUUUGUCAAAGACUUUACGUUUUCUACAAGGCCAAGUCCGUCUCACUCCAGCGCUUCACAAUAUUCUUGCUGCCCUCACUGAUGCAUGCCUAUUUAUCUCACUUGGGUGAUGAAGAUAGUUCUUCAGGACGGAAGGGUUCCGCUUCACCCCCCGAGUCUCAGCAAAGUAGCAUUAUGACGAACCUCACUUCACUCGAAUCUUGCCUCAUCGGUAUAAGUCGCCACUAUAUACUUAUAAAUUCACAAAACCCAAAACUGAGCAGUUCUCGACCCGAACCGGGUACAUCUCUGCCACUCUUCACGGGACCUUCAAUCUUUCAUGAUUCCCUUCCAAACUCCGAGUCCCCUUCUAGCGAUAAUGACACCUUCCCUUCAUUUACAGUGCCCCUCGCCCGGUUCAGUGAAUCUUCAUUGGCGUAUCUAAUACAAGAUUAUUUAGAUACCCUAAGCUCGGUAGACCUACUCGACUCAAUGAGCACUCUCCUAUCGCUACAUUCUAUGACUCGUUUCUGCGCAGUAUGUGACCGCGUUGCUAGUCUUUCCCGACGGCCACGCAUCAUCGCCGGUCCUGGCCUACUCAGCGAUUUUCUGGUCGGUCUAGAUACAAUUUUGUACAAACUAGAUGACUUGGAUAGACGCACUGAUAGCGUCAGACGUACCAGCUUAACAAUACGUACUGCCGUAUGGGAUGCUAUCAAGCAGAUUGAGAAGCGAGCUGCAUUCAACUGUCUGUCUGCCCCGUUGCUGAUCUGUCGUGCCAUUUUGCACGGCCGUGGUGCCCAAUAUGGACCAAGAGCAGUUCCGGGCAUGCGUUUGGGCGCUGGUUCCAGUGCUUUUGUUGAUAUUGGUGUGCUGUUAGCUUCGGCCGAUGAUCGUGGUGCGCUGAAUGGACCAGUCGCUUCUGCCAAUCUGGAUCACUCACGUCCUUUGCGCCCACAUCCAUCGACGGGACUAGAGGUAAUUACCAAUGCGUCUUUCCGUCCUGAAUCUCUGCCAGAAGACAUCCCGAUCAGUAACCAUCCACCAAAACAAAAGUCUUCAGCAGAUCCCGACCAGAACACAAAUGCCUCCACGAAAAAAUCACGAGCCGAAGUGUCGACCAACGGUAAGCCUAAUGCCACUGACAGUCGGCAGCGUACCGGCACGCAGAAACAGUCUAAGGGUGGUGUCAACUUCAUCUCGCCCACAGCACCUACAAAGAAAACUACCUCAGAAUAG